AAAAAGUUCCCAACAUUUAUUUGCGGCCGGACCCAACUUUGAAAGUGUCAAAACUCCCCGAUCCAAACCAAAGGCGUUCCAUCAUCAUCGACUUUCGCCGACAGUCCGUACGCAAUGGAUAAGGUUGCCGAGAUCUGGGGCACUGUCCCUCAAUAUGGCCAAUGGGCCCUUGCUGGCAUCGGCGCCCUUUACGUCGCUACUCGCGUCGGCGCUUUCCUCCAGCUGCUCCUUAACGCUUUCAUCCUGAGCGGCACCAACCUCCGCAAGUAUGGCAAGAAGGGCACCUGGGCUGUUAUCACUGGUGCCUCCGAUGGUCUCGGAAAGGAGUUCGCCCAGCAGCUCGCCUCCAAGGGCUUCAACCUCGUUCUCGUCUCUCGCACUCAGUCCAAGCUGGAUGUCCUUGCUAGGGAGCUCGAGCUCAGAUGGGAUGGUUUCAAGGCCAAGACUUUCGCCAUGGACUUCUCCAAGGACGACGAUUCCGACUACGAGCGUCUCGCCGAGCUCAUCAAGGGCCUCGACAUUGGUAUCUUGAUCAACAACGUUGGCCAGUCCCACAGCAUCCCCGUUCCUUUCCUCCAGACCGACCGCGACGAGCUCCAGAACAUUGUCACCAUCAACUGCCUCGGCACACUCAAGACCACCAAGGUUGUCGCUCCCAUCCUCGCCCAGCGCAAGAAGGGUCUUAUCCUUACCAUGGGCUCUUUCGCCGGUGUUAUGCCCACCCCCUACCUUGCCACCUACAGUGGCAGCAAGGCGUUCCUCCAGCACUGGAGCAGCGCUCUCUCUGCCGAGCUCAAGGACCAGGGCGUCGAUGUCCACCUUGUUGUCAGCUACCUCGUUACCACUGCCAUGAGCAAGAUCCGCCGCACCAGCCUCCUCAUCCCCAACCCCAAGCAGUUCGUCCGCGCUGCUCUCGGCAAGGUUGGCCUUAACAGCUCCGAGCCCUUUCCCAACACCUACACCCCCUGGUGGAGCCAUGCUAUGUUCAAGUGGGUUGUUGAGAACACCGUUGGUGUCUACAGCUACUUUACCCUCAGGCUGAACAAGAACAUGCACAUCGACAUCCGCAACCGCGCUCUCCGCAAGGCCGCUCGUGAAGCCAAGAAGCAGUAAGCGCAUGUCGCAGCUUCUAGCUACCAUGCUGCUCACGUGAAGCUAGGAAGGAGCAUGGACUUAUGGCGUGAUGGGCUCUAGCCAGUAGACACCUUCUAUUAGCCUGCGGUACACCCACCCUUGGGACCGUGUAUCUGUUGUAGAAAAAAUGGUGAACUGCGCCCCGCUUCUAGCAGACGAAUUCAUGAU